AUGUCCGCACGCAUAUCGAUUGCUGUAUUGUGGCUUAUUUGGGCCAGGCUAAAGACGGAUGCAUCCGCGGCCAGCAGCGGCGAAAGGGUCCACAUACGUUUGCACAUGCCGGAUGUUGUGCGUCAGCAUACGCAUUUUCACAAGGUCUACAAGCACUUGCCACACCCACUGCCACCUCCUCAGCAGCUGGGGCCAGUGUCGGCGCCAAUGGGCAAGCCGCAUGUCUCGCUGCUGGGCUACACGACAACGGCUAGCGGUAGCGGGAGCAUGGCGCCCAGUCUGAGGCAGCUAAUGGCCACGCCUAUGGCCAUGCCCAUGCCGAUGCCCAUGCCCAUGCCCACGCUGACGCCCAACUAUGGACCCGCGCUCUUCGAUAGCUACAAUCAGCAGCAGGCAGAGGCGGUCGCAGCGGCAGCGACGCCAGCGCCGACGAUGGCCACACCAGAGCCGGAACCGGAACUGGAGAAUAACGAGCUGCUCAAUGAGAACUUCAUGGCUGCACUGCAGCGCGAAUAUCUGUCAAAAUUUGGCGGCAGUCAGCGCAAACGCAAGAAGGUAAACUUUGUGAGAAAACUGCGCGGCAAGCCGCAGCCGCAGCUGAGCAGCGAGGAGCAGUUCAAUGAGUAUCAGGAACCUUACCUGGAAGCAGCCAAAGCAUGGACGGAACUAGGCGACAACCAGGAUGAGAAUGAGGAUGACAGCGCGGCAGCAUUUAGCGGGCAAAAUAAUGCGCUCAGUUCCGUAUACAGUUUGGACGAGUUUCUCAAUGAUGUGGGUGGCAACGCCUUUGCGCCGCACUAUGGCAGCAUCUAUAACGAAUAUGGCAACAAUGGCUACGCUGGCAGCACUGGCCACACUGGCUACGCUGGCCAUGCUGGCUGGCAAUCCACGCCCACAGCUUUCAGCAGCUAUGCGCGACGCACAAAAGCCACGCCCACACUUUCGAGAGCACGUCGACAGCGUUUACCCAACGAAACAGGUUCGGGCAUGGGCAGCACUGAAGGAAGUGCCGGAAAAGUGCGCUACAUCAAGUUGACAACGCGCAAGAAACGCAAAAAUCGCAUCAAAGCGAAAAGAUAUCGCAUUUAG